CUCGUGCUUGGAGCCCCGCCUCGCGCUGACUGCACACCUGAGAAACGCGGAGGGGACAACAGCCGCAGAUGAAGGUGAGCUGCUGGCCCUGAGACAAGGAGGAGCUGUCCGGGGAGCGGAGGAGAAGGAGGAGAGGUGGGYUUUUAAUUGUUGCUGGAUAAACAAGCAUGAUGGGUGAGGCUCCUGUCAUUGAGGAUGGUGCUGUGACUCGAUCAGCAGAGUACGUGGGUUCGUUUCCUGUGGACGACUGCUGCUUGGACGAGCAGAUCAACCAGCUGCACGCACGCCUGAAGUCCCUCAAAGCGUGCAAAAGACGGAGGCCGGUGUCGUUAAAGUUCUCCCUCAAAGGUGUGAAAAUGUACGACGAAGAUGAAAUGACUCUGCUGAUGGCUCACGCUUUGAGGAGAGUCUCCCUGUCCACCGCCCGCCCCGUCGACGACCAGUUCGCCUUCGUUUCUCAUAACCCAGGCAGCACCGAUGCCCAACUUUACUGCCACGUAUUUAAAGCAAGACACGCCAGAGCGGCUCAGUUCCUGAACCUGCUGCUGUGUCGCUGUUUCCAGUUAUCCUACUUGGAGAAACACCCGGAAGAAGCACAAGAAGAGGAGCACGUUGGCUCUUUGCCUCAGCGAAGCCCCUCGCUGCUCAACCAUGGCUUCCCUCUCAGUGUCAGCGCCCUGGUUUCCUUUAGACGAGCUCCUUUUCGAGGAUUGUUGCAUGGCACAAAGAAAAGUAAGCACUCCUCCAACGACCUGCAAACCUGCCAAGACGACGUCUUUUCGACCUCCUCUCCCUCUUUGAUGCGCAAGAAAGUCAUCCGCACCAAAGGGCUGCGUUCCGGUGCUUACCGCUCCUUCACUUUCACGCCGCUCAAACAGCAUAGUCUCCAGGAGCGGCUGAGCGAGUCACAAGGAAAAAAUCAAGGCAAAGCAGCAGUGAAGAGAUCCAGGAUUCCGAGUUUAGCGGAGACGGAGGAAGCGCUGGCUCAAGCUGUGUGGUGUUGGGCUGGUGUCGCAACUGACAGCUGCUACUCCCUCCUUGCGGACGACGUUCUGGGAUCGUAUCUUCUGUGCCCACAUCCUAAAAAGCCCAAAUGUGGUUCUCUCAUCAUCCGCUUCCCCUCUGGUUUGGUCACGCACCUCAUUGUGAACACUCGGAAAGGGAAGUUUUUACUGGAGAAAUGCAAAACAGAGUUCGAUUCCAUUGCUGAGAUGAUCGAAUACUACUCUCAGACCCUGGAUGAGCUGCCGUGUCUGCUGAGCUGUGCCCGGGUCAACCACUGCUACGAGUGGGAGGAAAACGCCAACACGCAGCAGUCUUUGAAGCCACACAAGAACUCACAYAAAGCCAAAAUUAAAAGUACCCACUAAAAAGUAUGUGUGUGAACACGGCAACCACCAGCCUCAGAGGUUUCAAAAUGGGUGACACUGUUAUUCCUUUUGCACAUUUAUUGUAUUUUAUUUUAAAAUCACAUGGUGUUAUGGGGUCGAUUCACAAACUGAAACUCUACACUUAUCAGUGUUGGCACUUGUAUGUAAAUACGGUAUGGUUCUUUUAGUAAAUAUAUAAUUUGUCUUAUUUGUGUAAGACAUACAAUUUUGUAGUACCGGUAGCUGCUUUUGUAUUUAAAUGUGACUUUUUAAAAUAUUUUUAUGUGCUUGUAAAUUGUCAAGAGUUUACAAAUGUUCUUAGAUGUGGAACUACUGCAGUAACUCGAACACAUGGUGUUGUUCUGGGAAAGGCCUAACUUUUCUUUUUAAUCUUUAUAGUUACGACAGUAUUUUUUUAAUCACACUUUUAAUCUUGUACCACUGUGUUUUUCAGAAAACAACAGCACCGCAGUGUCUAAUUUUUUAUUGAAUCAAAGACAUGGUUAUGUAUAUAGUGUGUUACAUGUAUUUUACCAGAAACAUUGUUUUUCCAGUAGCCUGUUUCUGAAAGUUUUUUYCAUGUCCAUUGAGUGCAGUUUUAUUUCUUACCUGCGCUGACAAUAAAUGACAGGCUUUCUCUUCUCAGUCAACAUGCUACUAAAA